ACCUCACCUGUCCAGUCCAGAGGUUUCUCAUUCGAAAUGCCCCCUCAGAAGUUUGACAUGUCUCGGCCCAGUGCAAAAUCCAUCUACAUGCAAAGAAAGGAAUAUUCAGAGUCCAUUAAUAAACAAGCAGAAAGUUUUCAUUACCGAGUGGAGCACCUGUUCACAUGUGAGUUAAAUCAGAGUGGGUUGAGCAAAAUUGAGGACUGUGUGGAGAAGCUGAAAAAUUUAGACAGCCGAGGGAAGGUGUGGGGUCAGGAUAUGAUCCUGCAGGUGCAGGGUGGCUCUCUGCAACUGUGUGACAUCGAAACAAAGGAGGUGCUGGAUUCUUUCCCUCUCAAGAGCAUCUCGCAAACUAAAGCCAUACUAUACAGCUGUUCUUACGACUCCCUCCUGACUGUCACAGUUCAGGAAAAUGUCCGAAGGGCUCCUACUGUUUAUUUGUUCCAGUGUGAAGAAAUUGGGGCAGAAGAGAUGACAGCUGAUUUAAACAAAGCUAUCCAGAACAGAGCAGAGGAGCCAGAAUUCCUACCAAGAGAACCACCGUUUGACAUCAAGACAAAUCUGGAACACAUCAUAGGACAAGGGUAUCAGAAGGGUUUACACAGACCUGGCCCCCCUUUACAGCCUUCUUCACCCCCUCCAACUGAGUAUCAACCUCCGCAACACACUGCCUACCAAGACUAUGAGGAUUUGCGGUCUCCAAUGUUUUCACGCAGAGAUGAAGUCCCCUACAGUCCAGACAUGCACAAACAGCACAACCAAACAAACCAGCAGCCAUCUACAAACCCAGUCUACACUGACUUUAACACUAAUGUGAAAAUUCUGAAUCAUUUAGUGGACGAUAUUGAGUUCUUCAUGAGUAAAGUUGCUUUGUGUACAGCUGAAGAGGAUCAAAAAAAAAAAUCGAAAAAGAAAGGAAGCCAAAGCCAAAUAAUAUAUGGCCAAAACUUUCCCUCCAUAGAAGAGUAUGUUGCCUGUCUUCAGAAAAUAAAAUAUGCUUUCAAUAUCCUGGGGGAUCUUAAUGAACACUUAAUCAACCCUGAUGCUUCUGAAUUUGUUCACAGUCUUUUCUCAGCUCUUGGAUUUCUGACGAUGCAGUACCCACCAAAUGUGGCUCCCACAGUUGUAAGCCCACUCCUUACAGAACAAGCGCUGCAGCUUAUAAGCCAGGUGGUGACGCCACAGGAGGAUCAGUCCUGGAACGGCUUAGGAGAUGCCUGGAUUUUCCCUAGAUCCUCCUGGCCAAAUGCAGAUCAGAUCCCACCAUAUGUUCCAGUCUUUUAUGAUGGCUCGCAGCCUCCUGUACCAGUUCGUACCCAGUCACCUCCCACAAGCCACCCGCCUUCACGAAGUAACAGUCAGCGGUUUCCUGACAGGAAUGGCAUACAAGCACCGCGACAUCAGGAUAACAGGCCUGGUGGUACAUCCACAUGGUCAGAAGAGCCUGCACUCUAUAUGCGAGUAAUAUAUAAUUUCACUGCCAGAAAUCGUCAGGAGCUGAGUGUGAUGAAAGGUGAUGUGGUGCAGGUGCUAGACAAGUCCAAGCAGUGGUGGAUAGUAAGAAACAAUAGUGGGGAAGAUGGUUAUGUGCCUCCAAAUAUUCUAGAGGCUAUAAGAAGAGAGGAGCCUCCUACAACAAAUCGACCCCCAAGUUUGGAUAUGAAAUCCAGCCCAGAAGAAGUCAGAGCCUGGCUACAGUAUAAGGGCUUCAGUAUAACGACGGUGCGUAGUCUGGGGAUGAUGAAUGGGGCGUUGCUGUUGGGGAUGAAACGAGAAGAUAUCAGAGCUUUGUCUCCAGAAGAAGGAGGACGUGUCUUCUUCCAGCUGCAGGCUAUUAAAUCAUCAAUUGCACUUGCCAGCGAGUAUGAAUAUAACAGCUAUGGACGGUAAACCAGACAUCUCGGAUCUUGGUGACAGUGGUGUGUUGGAUUCCACUGCAGCGAUUACUUUAGGAUUGCAUGUCUAUUAUUGUCUCUAUAUGAUUUAAAAUGUUUCAUAAGAUAAAUGAAGAAAUGAGCAGAAAUCAGUGUUAUCCAUGACUAUCCUAUUUAUCACUAUCAGAACAGGGUAAUUUAAACUUCAAUGAUUGCUGUAUAAUUAAAAGCAGAUAAUCACACGCCAGCUAGAUUCUUUGACAAUGCCAAAUAUUUAUGAAAUGUCUGAUCUCUUUUGUCACAGUAUUGAAA